ACUGCUUUUGUAUUUCCUGUUUUCUUCUGUUUAGGUUAAAAACUUUGCUGUUAUUUAUCUUGUGGACAUCACAGAAGUACCAGACUUCAACAAGAUGUACGAGUUGUAUGAUCCGUGUACCGUCAUGUUUUUCUUCAGGAACAAACACAUCAUGAUUGAUUUAGGUACAGGCAAUAACAACAAGAUCAACUGGGCAAUGGAAGAUAAGCAGGAGAUGAUUGACAUUAUAGAAACUGUUUAUAGAGGAGCCCGCAAAGGUCGAGGUUUGGUGGUAUCGCCGAAAGAUUAUUCCACUAAAUACAGAUACUGAUGUUUCUUUGGGCUGCCUUUUUUCAUAAUCCUAUGUCCACUUAAAUUUAUUUCUGUGUAUGUGUGUACAUAUAUGUAUAUUAAAAGGAAAAAAAACCUACAAGUCCUUGAAUUUUGAGCAUAAUUUAAAUUAUUUAAAAUAUUUUAAUUCUGUUUGAGAAGUAGAAGCCUCAAACCCUCAAACUGUCUUGGCUGCAGUAAUACUGUAGCUGAAUUUUGGGGUUUUCUUUUUUUAAGACUUUCUCCUUUGUUGUCCUCUUGGUAUUACAUAAUUUUGUACACAAAAAGCCUGUUUGCAGAAAAAUAUUUCAACUGGUUUUGUUUGCCUUUAUUACACAAGUAUCUGAGAAAACUAUAUUAUAGUUGUUUUUUUAAAAAAAAGAAUAAAGCUGAGUUCCA